UAAUAACUCAGAUUUCUCUACUUGAGUUUCCUCAUGAUUUAGCCUGUUGAACUUCAACUCCUCCUCUUGCUGGCUAGACUGCUUCAGUGCAACUUGUUCCCACACAGACGAAGGAAAAAAGGUGUGGGAGGUUUUAUCAGCUACUGCGAAAGGAGAAGAGUUGCAGGUCAUAUAGUUUUGGUUUGUUUAGCAGGAGGUGCCAUGAUCUGAUCUCAUCACUGGCAUUCUACUCAUACCAUGAAAUGUACAAUUUAUAAUGAGAAAGCUACAGAAGAAGAUAAAGACAGCUUUGGUUAACAUUACUAAAAUACACUGGUCAUCAUCUUCUUCAGGCAUUUGGGCACACAGUUUAAGGACAACCUUUCUUUGCUCUGUUUUAAAUGUUCUACUGCAUUAGAGUUGAGUAGAUCGGCUUUGUUCUUCCCACAGUGUCAUCAUCACCAGUUAGACGGUGCCAGAAGAGGGCAAACCUGGAAGUCCUUUCUCUCUUUGAAGAAGUGCUUCAGCAAUGUCACCAUGUCGGACGCUACUGUGGCAACAUCUGUCGCAAAACGAUCUGGACUGUCAGUGUAGCUGAAGCCUGUUCCCACUGGGUUGUCCACGAAUAAGACACUGGCUGCCUUGACCUGAGGUGAUAACAGUCGACAAAGGAUUUCCUCACAAUGCAUAACGUACAUAUCACACGUAGCAGACAAUGAACUUUCAAAAGAGAAAGCAGAGUCUGCGUCUAGUGCAUACAUUACAAUGAAGUGACCUCUUACCCAGCUGUUACUCCUGGGCUGAAGAUUCCUAUCCAGUGGUCCAAUCUCCUCAAAAUUCCCAAAUCCAGUGCCAGAUCCUCCAGGUCCACCCUAGAGACACAAAGAGAAAUGUUUUUAAGGCCAGUCAACCCCAGACAGAGCAGCAACCUCAUUGUGCAUAGUGUCUGCAUGUCUUGACUGUCACUCAGAUGUGGUGUGGUUCCGGUAAUAGAACUUUGGGUGUUCUUCUGACGUACUUCCGUGAUGCUGAACUAUCAGUACGGUAGAUGAACAACUGUCGGAAAGGUAAGAUGGUACAACCAACGCCUGAAUGGCUGUGGUUCCAAAGGCGAGCACAUAACCUACCUGCAGCCACAUCACCAGAGGAAGGCGUGUGGAGUUCGCGGUCAUACUGUCGGACACGUACAGCCACCAGAACAUGUGGGCUCCGUCCCGAACCGUCACAUAACCCCAUUGCUCGUCUGGCUCAGUGGGAGCGGACAAACCUGCAAAAAGCGCAGACGAUUCAAUCACUUGUCGCCCACUUUAGUUACACUUAAGCACGGUAGUAAAGCGCGGCAACCUUCCGCUAGUUUUCAAAAUACAAAGUGUUCCGUCAUGCGAAUGUGAAAUGGUUCCAUCUCACGGAAUUACCUGGAGCUAGAAGACAGGGCAGAAGAACUAGGAGUGAAACAACAUGUUUCAGACCCAUCGUGCCAAUUCCGAGGCUCGAAGGAAGAAGGCUCAGUUAUAGUUGUCACAUGACUUCCCAAACAUCAUGUGACCAUGACUGGGGUCAGCUGACCAUUAGCCGUUCUUUCUUCCGCCGCUACGUUUUUUUCUUCAUAAAAACCCACUUUAGAGCUUAAAUCUAAAUCUCUAAAUUUAACUCUUGAAGUUGAGCAGUUUUGUAAAGUUCAGUGAGAUUAAAUACAGCCGCAUAUUUGCAGCGUUUUUCAUACUAACAACAACAUUACCUCCAUAUGUUUCAAUAACACUCGAGUUUUCAAACCUUUUCACAAAAAUAUGUUUAUACUGAUAAACCGGAUCUGACGUCAUUGGGUGUCCACGCGCGGAGUUGUGGCUGUCAUGGCUGCUCCCAGCAAGAACUCUAUUCGCGUGCGGCUCCACUUCGACUUUCCACCUCCCGCGGUGGUCAGUUGCCGAAUGUGCUGGAUGCUCGUGGACACGGCUUCGUGUCGCUUCAUUGCAGACCUGGAGAGCGUCAUUCGAGACAAGUUUGAGUUCAGCCAAGGCAGCAUCCUCAGCCUUUUCAUUGAGGAGUGCUACCUGCCCCACACGGAGAGCAUCCUGGUGGUCCGCGACAAUGACUGUAUCAGGGUCAGGCUUGACACUGCCCUUCAGGUGAUAGGGCCCAGCCUCCACUUGGAAUCACCAGCAGAGCACAGGCGCAAGAGGCGGAGAGACACACAGCUGUCUCCAGUGGAAUCUUCAGCGAAAGAGUACAGGAAGACAAAGAAGAGGAAGAAGAGUAUUAAGGAGAGUGUGGCGGAGGUCGGAGUGUCUGUAGAUGACGCUAAGAAAUCCGUGUUCAGGGGUUCUGGAAAGGAGAAAGGGUUUUCAGAGGGUAACACCAAACCUGCUGCACCUGAUCCAGAAGUGUCUUCCAAUCCUGUCCCUGCCAAUGGCCAACAGGCAGUCUCUCUCUCCAAGAAGAAGAAGAAGAAGAAGAAGAAGAAGAAAAGUAAAGUCCCAUCUGAUAAUGCAAAAACAGCAAGAAUGCCCCCCUUGAAUUCCAACGGUAGCAGCAGCAGCAGUAGUGAGGAAGAGGUGGCCCCUCUAAAACAAGCAUCCAAAGCACAAAAGUCUCCCGUGCCACUUCUUUCCAAGAAGCUACUGAACUCAAAACCAGCCAUGUCCAAAGCUCUUCCUCCUUCAGAAAUUGAGUCUUUGUCCCUUGAGCAUGUGAAACCUUCGCCCCAUAAAAAGGCAAAACCCAUAAGGGGAAAAGCAGAUUCUCAAGUGGAGACCAAAACCCAGGAGGUGUCUAACAGUGAACCCGCUCCUUCUGACCAGCAGCUUUCAGGCAAUGAAGAAGAAAUCGAGUUGGUUAUCCACCGACCUGUGUGGCCUCCAAAUUUCUCUUUCGGUGGUCACCCUACGAAAGGUCAGACAUGGGGCAGAGGCAGUGGCAGGGAUGGUGUGGGAGACACUGGUGGGGCAAGAGGAAAGCAGAACAACUCUAAUGGAUAUCAUGACUCGUCCUACCAGACUGACAUACUGAGCAACACGUCAGUUGUUAUCCAGAAUGGAGCCCCAGCUCCCAAACCUGACUACAGUGCCAUGCCUCUUUUGGCUGCCCCCCCACCAGUGGGACAGAAGAUCGCCUUCAAGCUGCUCGAGCUCACAGAGAAUUAUUCACCAGAAGUGUCUGACUACAAGGAGGGAAAGGUUGUGAGCUUUGACCCGACUAGCCAACAGAUUGAGCUAGAACUGCUGAAUACUUCACAAGUUGCUGUGGAGCCUGGAAAAUUUGACCUGGUUUACCAGAACCCAGACGGCUCAGAAAGAGUGGAAUACGCUGUGUCCAGAGGAUCAUGGGUAACAGAACGAUGGGACUCCCUACUGGAACCGAGGCUCAUUAUUUAAGAUUUAAGAUCUGCUCAAACUUGUUAUUUUAAACCAUCUGGUUUUCAGACAUGAAUUUUAUCAUGUUGGAUUUCUUACACUCUUUAUUUUUAUUGUAGUAAUGUGUUCU